AUGAGUCGAUUCAACUCGCCAUGGUGGUCGCUGGAGGCGGCGAAGGAGAAGGAGAAGGCGCAGAUGCCUCCGGGGGUGGCAGCAAAGGGAUUCAGCGUGCGAUUUGCGGAUGUGAGGCCUGGUGACUGGGAGUGGUUGGCACGCGUGAACCAAAGUCGCAGAGGCACAGCGAUUGUGUAUGACGUAAUCGUCGCGUGCUUUGCGCUGCACCCCGAAGUCCAUCUCCCGGCGCCAAACACCGUUGGAGCCCAGCGCAGCAUUCCAUCAAUCUCCCGUCUGCAACCCGCAUGCUCGGCCACUCAUAGCAUACGAGGCACGAGGCACGAGGCACGAGGCACGAGGCACACCGCUGCGGGCAGCCGAGCAUCUGCCAUGGAUACCAGCUACCUCUCCCAGCAGGUCACCACCAUUAUCGAGCGCCUGCAUGGCUUCUUCGACGAGAUCGGCGUGCCCAGCCAUGAGCGCGACUCGCGAGAAUCAGAGCUCUUCUCCGCCCUCUCAGAAACACUGCACAACCAGCUGAACCUAGUAGCAAAGGAGAAACAUGACCUUACCGAGGAGGCCCAGCGCCUCAUCAAGACGAUUCGCCAGAUGGAGCGAUCUCUUGACGACACACGGCCCAAAGACGACUACGAAUGCGAGAAGGAUGGUCUGAAAGUCACAAUGCCGCUGCUGAGCUGCAUCGAGCGCCUCAAGCAGAAACACCACACCAUCCAGAAACUGCAUCGUGAGCGAUACGAGCAGGUCAAGAAGCUGGUCGAGGCCCUCGAAUCAUAUGCAUCCCAUCUGGAACCUGCAUUCGUCAAGAUCAAGCUUCCUCCCACAUCACCCAAAGCCGACAUUGCUCCCACCUUUGAUUUGUCGCCGACAUAUGUUACCAAGUUAGACCAAGAGUUCACGCGCGUAUACGAUGAGUACAACAAGCGCGUCGCCACCGUCACCACUUAUGCCCAGGACAUCAUCAACCUCUACUCUGAGCUUGGCACUCCUCAAGCUCAGAUUGACAGCCAGAUUGUACAAUGCGCACGAGAGUCGCCCGAGCAGCUUGGCCUCCAUCAGGACGAUCUUAAGCGACUGGCUCUCAAGCGUGAUAAGCUCAUACAGGAGAAGCAGGGUCGCGAGAAGAAGCUGAGAGACUUGCGCGUGGCCGUGGAUGGGCUUUGGGAGCGGCUUGGUGUUGACGAAAGCGAGCGUAAGCAGUUUCUUGCUGCGAACCGUGGAGUCGGCAUUCGUCAAAUCAACGAAUUUGAGGACGAGUUGGCUCGAUUGAAUGAGCUAAAACGACAGAAUCUGCACAUUUUUGUCGAGGAUGCGCGGGUCAAGCUUCAGGAACUCUGGGACACACUCUACUUCUCGGAAGAAGAGAUGCUGGACUUUGCGCCUGCGUUCUCUGACGUUUACUCUGACGCUCUUCUCUCGGCACACGAGCAAGAGAUUGCUCGCCUCGAGAUGCUAAAAGAGCAACGCCUUCCAAUUCUGGCUGCGGUUGAGAGACAUCGCAGCCUUAUCAAGGAUCGCGAAGAUCUGGCACAGAGCAGCCAAGAUGCAUCCCGGCUGAUGUCGAAGGGUCAGAAGGGCGAGAAACGUGAUCCAGGAAAGCUACUCCGUGAAGAGAAGAUGCGGAAGCGGAUUGCGAAGGAACUGCCCAAGGUUGAAGCAGAUCUUCGCAAGACGCUGGAGUCCUGGGAAAAUGAGUAUGGACGUCCAUUCUGUGUGCACGGGCAGCCUUACCUGGACGAGCUGGAGGCAGCUCAAGCACGAGCUCCUCCGCCACGAAGCAAGACACCAAACGCCCUCUCAGGCACUCGCGAUGCGCCGAAGAGUGCGGGUCGGGACACCGCGAAAGCACCACUGUCGCAGAGUCGAAGCGCUGGUACUUUGCGAGGCAACAAUCCAACGAGGAGCAAGACACCCAGCGCACAAUCAAGCAGAAAUCCUCUUGCAGCUUCCACUUCCGUCCUGGGAGCAUCGACGAUGAACGCAUCAAUGUUAGCCGCGUCAAUGUCAGGUUAUAGUGCCGUAAAGUUGAGCCCAUCAAAGAUUCCGGGUGCUUCAGGUUCGCGACUACCAAUGAGCCAGUUGAGAGAUGGCAAUAACUCUCCUGAGCGACGAGACCGAAGCAAGACUGUUGGCACUCGGCAAGGAGAGGAACUAAGUCGAACUCUUCGCGGCGACAUGGGUCCUCCACAAGUACCUCCUCCACGCAUGAAAGACCUCUUCAGUCCACCCACACCAACACCCAACGGCGCCAACAAGGAGAACGGACUUGCCUUGGAACGCAGUAAUAGCGUCGUCCGCCAUGUCGAACCGGACGACCCAUACGAUGAUCGUCGAUCCCGCAACAAUCAAUAUUCAAGCAUGCACUCUUCAACAUCCCAUCGUGCAGGUCAUGGAUACUCACGAUCAGUCGACUCCUUUUCCUCAACUUCUUCCCGACCUCUCAGCAGGCAAGAAUAUCCAGUCGCACCUCCCUUUUCACGACAAACCAGCAACACUUCAUCAAUCAUGUCCGGAUCUGUAGCAACUGGUAGCGAGAACUGGGAAACCUACGACAGCAAUUCCGAAGCCGACGAAGCCGAUGCCACAGAAGCGUACCAUGCGAAAGUCAAACAACAGCAAAUUCGCCAGGCCGUCAAGAGACCUGCUGGCGUGCAAUUGGGUGCUGUCAAACGCGUGAGAGAGCAUCCAAAUCAGCAGCAUACCAUUCUCGAAGAGGACGGAAAUUUUGUCGAGGGUAGUGAGGCUGGUUGGACUGAUGAUGGGGAUGUCGGUGAGACUUAUUGAGUCCGUAUAAGUUUUUGAUGUUGGAAAUGUUUUGAAAAAUCGCCAUGGCGAAGGCGAAGGCGCUGGUAGGCGAAAAUGACGGUAACGCAAGUCACCAUUCUUGCACUUUGCAAAGACGGAACCGGGGAAUUUUUGUCGGCGUUGGUGGUUCACGUUACGUUCAAUCACGAUUUUUUUCUAGAGGCAGAUCAUGGAAGAGACUCAGGGAGGAGGCCGCCUUGAUGGCGUCUUAUCUGUCUCAGUCUCUUUCGUGCGGGAUUGUACUUAUACUAUUCAACGAAGGUAUGAUACUGCGAAUACUUGUUCUGAU